CAUGAAAUUAUUGACAUAUUUUAUUCAGAAGCCCUCAGUCAAGAAGUAUUAGUACUAGCAGAGAAGAAAGAAAUCACUUAUCAAGGUUACGCGCCGCCGCCGGGGCCGCCUCCGCCGGCGUUCCCUGGCGCGCAGCUAACGGGCGGCGCGGCGCUGCUGGCUGUUGCAGGCAAGACGCGCACCAAGGACAAGUACCGCGUGGUGUACAGCGACCACCAGCGCCUCGAGCUGGAGAAGGAGUUCCACUACAGCCGCUACAUCACCAUCCGGCGCAAGGCGGAGCUGGCGGCAAGGCCUAAAAAUUGCGGCCUUUGUAGUUGGGAACAUUUUGAUAAUACCCCCACCACUACCCUGCUGAAGCUGCUAUUUAUUUUUUUAUUUAAUUAUUUUUUGAUAGGGGGCAAUCUACGCGUCUACAGGAAAGUGAAUAUCAGCCAAAACAAAGCCAUUCAGUUAAAUAUCCAUGAUCAUAUUGAUAUAGAAUUUUCAAAACAUUGCAAUUUUGUUCAAGAAAUUUCAAAUAUAAUUGAGACAUGGUCAUUUCAACAUUUCAAAUCACCUUUUCAAAUCACAUUUCAAAUCACGAAGCAAAUUAAUCGUCAAUAUCUUCUUCUGAUUCCGGAU